CUCGUGUGAAACCUCGCCCUAUUUCCAGGCUUCCGAUUCAGUUGUCUUCAAAUCUUCACUGGGCAAUGUUCUCCUUCGCCGUAACGGUUAACUUGAUUUUAUUGGCCACCGUAAGUUACGCGUUGCCCAAUAACCGCCACAGGAUCAUCGGCGGCAAUGAGAUCGACAUAGCCAAAGUUCCUUUCAUGGCAUCGCUAUCUAACGGCUCCGGACAUUACUGUGGUGGAUCGAUAAUUAGCGAGCGUUGGAUUUUGACGGCUGCUCAUUGUAUUAGAGACCCAACCAGUACGGAUCUUGCGGUGAGGGUUGGGUCCAGUCGUCACGCCAACGGGGGUCAACUGGUGCGUGUUCGACGCAUUGUACAACAUCAUUUGUGGAAUCCUUCGACCAUUGACUACGACUUCGCGCUGUUGGAGCUUGCUGAAGUGCUUGAAUUGGGCAAGGAGUUGCAGGCUGUUGAACUACCAGUAAAAGAUGAGGAUGUUGCGAACGGAAAGCUCUUGCUCGUAUCAGGUUGGGGAAAAACGGAGAGUGGUUCAUCAUCUAACAGUGCGACGUUGAGGGCCGUGGAGGUCCCAGUGGUGAAUCAGAAAAAGUGCGAGAAGAUGUACUCGGACUUCGUGCAGGUUACUCCGAGAAUGUUGUGUGCUGGACAUGAUGAAGGGGGUAAGGAUAUGUGCAACGAAGACUCCGGCGGUCCGUUGGUUGACGGAAACAAACAAGUCGGUGUUGUGUCCUGGAGUAAGGAGUGUGCCGCUGUCGGAAACCCUGGAGUUUAUGCACGGGUUGCCGCUGUUCGUGACUGGAUCGAGAAGGUUGCGGGUGUUUGAUGGAAGUAAAAAUGCCGGAUGAAAAAGCUUUGGCCGUGAA